UGACUCUCCAUUGAGGAAAGGGGAAAAGGCGGGAGGCAAGAGCCAUCGAAAAAAAAGCGAGCCCAAGAAUCAAGACGCUGCCCCUUCUGUGCGUGAUCAGCCUCAGGCUCCGGGCAGCCAGCACAGAAUGGCACGGCAUCGUCACCGUGAGCACCCUUCGCAGACGGCUGGAGCGCCUCAUCGAUUCGGAGGGCCUCAGGGGUGCGCUCAGCUAUGUCGGUGACCCUGCCGAAAUGCCCAACGGCCUGACACACUUCGGCUAUGUGUCACGGGCGCUCUAUGUGGUGAUGGAUGGCCGAGGUACCCUCGGCAGAUGGGCGAGGGCCAUCCAUCUGGCUGCUGCUGUUGCUGAUCGGCUGCCCCUCACACUCUGCCCACGGGCCAUCCAGCAGCACUUCAGCAGCAGGAGGGCCUACCACAAGACGCCGCGAGCCAUCUCACAGUACGCCGCAUUCGGUGGCCGACUGGUCGGCAUGGAGCUGACAGCUGGGGCUGACGAUGGGGACUUCCUCCUCGGCUCUCAGCGUGUCCGCGUCGUGCCUCACGGCGACAUCGACGUCGACCAUCCUUACAGGCAGCAAUACGACAGCGACGAUCCGGUCGUCAGCACAGCCGAAGGUCAGCUCUUCCCAUCCUUCUCGGCCUGUGUCGUGUGGCUCGUCGCGACACGCGCCCACCAAGCCAUCCGGUCGCUGGCGGCAAGCACCUCGUCCCACCCAGGCCUCGUGAUGGACCUCUACCGGAGUCUCGCCACAUCAGCCAUUCAGGACGACACCGCGCACGCCGACUGCGCGUCCCCUGACGGUUCCAAGCACCAGCGCGUCAUUGUCUUGUCGGGCGCCCGUCGUGAUGAUACGUUUGCCGCCUAUCUGCGUGUCAGUGCGGCGUCGGCAAGUGGGUAUGUGGUGCUGGGCACUACAGAGGCACAUGUGGAGGGGGCCGAGGGCUGGCUGCGAAGCGCCCCAGCGACCGGAGAACUCGUGAGGCGGUUCGCUAGAGACAUUGGUGUGGACCUGGAUGCGCUGCGGCUGGUCGACUUGAGCGGCUCGAUGUAGACACAAGGUGAGGGAGGAAUAAGGAGUUCGGCCGAAACACGUCGAAUGACUUUUCUUGUUUGGUUUGUCUUUGUCCAGGUGCGCUGUUCAAGUGAGAGCGACUUGCCGAGUCUUGCCUUCCCGCCUGCCUUUCCUUGCCGCGGCAUAAGGCCUCUCGGACUGACAUUUUGUUACAUCGGCGUAAAGGUGUCGAUCGUGUUUCGUCUUUGUUGUGUGUGCUUACUGCUGUGUACGAUCUGACCGGUGUUCUACCUCAUCGUCCGGCUACGUUCCCCCACACUAUACCAGCCUCCGGGCAAUAUAUGUGAGUGGUGCCGUGUCCGGACGCCCAGGCAGGACACCAGUCAGAGACACGCAGCAGAAAAGGCGACGUGAUACAUGUGUGAUCCCUGUGUGUUGGGUGGUACUGUGUGUUGG